GCGUUUGCAUGCAAUGUGGGGAAUCGGGGAGAAAAGAGAGAGAAGGAUGGUGGUGAGGAUGAUGGCGAUGAUUUUCCUUCCAGCCCUGGUGGGGCCUGGCUUACUGCACCCCCCUGAAGAAGCCAUUCAAACACAGAGACAGAGGCAUACGUACUAUUUGAAACCCCCCCUCCCCGGCCCGCCUAGGUAACCCAAGAGCUGCAAAAAAGAGAGAAGGCAGCAGCCUCUUGUUCUUCUCCGGAGCUACCGCAGCAGUGCCUACGCGGCAUGGAAGGAAGAAGCUGGCCGGCGGGGACGGGGAUUUACGUCCAAACCAUUAACGUGACCAUGGGAGAUAUGAAGACCCCAGACUUUGACGACCUUCUUGCGGCAUUUGACAUCCCAGAUAUGGUUGACCCUAAAGCCGCUAUUGAGUCUGGACAUGACGAUCAUGAAAGCCACAUAAAGCAGAACGUGCAUCCUGAUGAUGAUUCUCAUGCCCCAUCAUCGUCUGAUGUUGGUGUAAGUGUUAUUGUGAAGAAUGUGCGGACAAUCGAUUCCUCUGAUGGAACAGAGAAGGAUGGCCACCAUUCUACAGGCAACGGGUUGCAUAAUGGGUUUUUAACUGUAUCGGCUCUGGAAGGUUAUAAUAAAGAGGAAGGCAAAUCUCACAAAGAUGACGGCUCUGUUUCGGAGACCACAUUGAAAGAGUCUGCUUUCAACCAAUUUAGCCCAAUCUCAAGUGCUGAAGAAUUUGAUGAUGAUGAAAAAAUUGAGGUGGAUGAUCCUCCUGAUAAAGAAGAGAUGCGUGGAAACUUCAGAGCAAAUGUGCUAACAGGGUCUGCCUCCCAGCAGGAGUAUGAAACGUUAAAGGUACGGGGAGGAGAAGACCUAAUGAAACCUGGAGCUGUAGGUUCAGGCAACCCUGAUAAAAACAAAGGUGUUAAAAGAGACUCUGAAACCAACUCUACGCCUAUAGGCGUGUAUGAAGCUUUUAAAGCAAGAAAAAUAGAUGAUAAGCUGCUUAAAGAAAAUCCUGAAAAGCUACUUGAAAAUAGGGUACUUGAUGGAAAGAUAGGCACUGAGAAAGGGGAAGCAAACCUUGCUAGUGUUUCACAGUCUAAAGCAAAGUCAUCAGCAAAACUCUCCUCGUGUAUUGCUGCAAUUGCAGCCCUUAGUGCUAAAAAAGCAGCAACAGACACUGUUAAAGACUCACAGUCUAACUCAAGAGAACCUUCUCCCUUGCCGAAAGAUAUGAACGAAAGUCCUAGGACUGCUGACAAAUCUCCUGAAUCUCAGAGUCUCAUUGACUGUGCUAAAAAGCCCUCUGUUAAACAACCUGAUAGCCCCAGGAGCGUAUCGAGUGAAAACAGCAGCAAGGGGUCUCCGCCAUCGCCUGUGGGCUCAACACCAGCAAUUCCAAAAGUUCGCAUAAAAACUAUCAAGACAUCGUCUGGGGAAAUCAAAAGAACAGUUACAAGAGUAUUACCAGAUGUUGAUUUGGACAGUGGUAGGAAACCAGAACAAACAGCUUCCAUGGUGGCUUCCAUGACAUCACUGCUGUCAUCUCCAACUUCUGCUGCAGUCCUUUCUUCUCCCCCUAGGGCACCUCUUCAGUCGACGGUUGUCACCAAUGCAGUUGCAUCUGCAGAACUCGCUCCAAAACAGGUCACUAUUAAACCUGUGGCUACUGCUUUUCUUCCCGUAUCGGCUGUUAAGACAGCAGGAUCCCAGGUUAUCAACCUGAAACUUGCUAACAACACCACAGUGAAAGCCACAGUAAUAUCUGCUGCUUCAGUGCAGAGUGCCAGCAGUGCCAUUAUCAAAGCUGCCAAUGCUAUUCAGCAGCAGACUGUUGUGGUGCCAGCGUCAAGCCUUGCCAGUGCAAAACUUGUGCCAAAGACGGUCCAUCUUGCCAACCUUAAUCUACUGCCUCAAAGUGCUCAGACCACCUCCGAACUCCGCCAAGUGCUCACCAAACCUCAGCAACAGAUCAAGCAGGCAAUAAUUUCUGCAGCAGCCUCGCAGCCUUCAAAAAAAGUAUCUCGAGUCCAGGUGGUGUCGUCUUUGCAGAGCUCUGUGGUCGAAGCUUUCAACAAGGUGCUCAGCAGUGUUAACCCUGUCCCUGUUUACAUCCCGAAUCUCAGUCCUCCUGCAAAUGCUGGCAUCUCUUUGCCUACACGCGGUUAUAAGUGUUUAGAGUGUGGCGACUCAUUUGCCCUUGAAAAGAGUCUGACACAACACUACGAUAGGAGGAGUGUGCGGAUUGAAGUCACCUGUAACCACUGCACAAAGAACCUUGUUUUCUACAACAAAUGCAGCCUCCUCUCCCAUGCUCGUGGACAUAAAGAGAAAGGAGUGGUAAUGCAGUGUUCCCAUUUGAUUUUGAAACCCGUUCCAGCAGAUCAAAUGAUAGCUUCUCCCACAAGCAAUAGUUCCGUUGCAUCGUCUAUUCUUCAAAGUUCCAUUGGAGUGAGCACCCAUACUGUGACAAAGAUACAGUCUGGAAUCACCGGGACAGUCAUAUCUGCUCCUGCGAGUACACCUGUUCCUCCAGCCAUGCCCCUAGAUGAAGACUCAUCAAAGCUAUGCAGGCAUAGCCUGAAGUGUUUGGAAUGUAAUGAAGUUUUCCAAGAUGAGACAUCUCUAGCGACACACUUCCAGCAGGCUGCAGACUCAAGUGGACAAAAGACGUGUAGUAUAUGUCAGAUGCUGCUUCCAAACCUGUGCAGUUUUGCAUCGCAUCAGAGAAUUCAUCAGCACAAAUCCCCCUACACGUGUCCUGAAUGUGGCGCGAUCUGCAGAUCAGUCCAUUUCCAGACCCAUGUCACAAAGAACUGCCUACACUACACUCGAAGAGUUGGAUUCCGCUGCGUCCACUGCAAUGUGGUGUACUCUGACGUGGCAGCGCUCAAAUCCCACAUUCAAGGGUCUCACUGUGAAGUCUUCUACAAGUGUCCCAUUUGCCCAAUGGCAUUCAAAUCAGCCCCCAGCACUCAUUCCCACGCCUAUACGCAACACCCUGGAAUCAAGAUAGGGGAACCUAAGAUAAUAUACAAAUGUUCCAUGUGCGACACGGUGUUUACGCUGCAGCCUUUGCUGUAUCGCCACUUUGACCAGCACAUUGAAAACCAGAAAGUGUCUGUCUUCAAGUGUCCAGACUGUUCACUUUUGUAUGCACAGAAGCAACUCAUGAUGGAUCAUAUCAAGUCUAUGCAUGGGACAUUGAAAAGUGUUGAGGGGCCUCCAAACUUGGGUAUCAGCUUGCCACUGAGUACGAAGCCCACCACUCAGAAUUCAGUCAGCCACAACAAAGAGGACUCAAAAUCUGUCAAUGGGGCAGAAAAGACAGAGAAGAAAUCCCCCUCCCCUGUGAAGAAAGCAGAGCCCAAAAAAGUACCCAACCCUGGCUGGACAUGUUGGGAAUGUGAUCGGCUGUUUACUCAGAGAGAUGUUUACAUAUCCCACAUGAGGAAAGAACACGGAAAGCAAAUGAAGAAGCAUCCUUGUCGACAGUGUGACAAAUCCUUCAGUUCCUCGCACAGCCUUUGCCGCCACAAUCGUAUCAAGCACAAAGGCAUUCGGAAAGUUUACACCUGCUCGCACUGCCCAGAUUCAAGGCGUACUUUUACCAAGCGGUUAAUGCUAGAAAAACAUAUUCAGUUGAUGCAUGGCAUUAAGGAGCCCGAUGUGAAAGAGAUGACAGAAUCAAGCAACAUAGGGGAAAGUAUAGUCAAAGAAGACACAAAGGUUCCCAGUCCAAAACGUAAAUUGGAGGAGCCUGUGCUGGAAUUCAGGCCCCCUCGAGGUGCCAUCACUCAGCCACUGAAGAAACUGAAGAUCAACGUUUUUAAAGUUCACAAAUGUGCCGUCUGUGGCUUCACAACAGAGAACCUUCUUCAGUUCCAUGAACACAUUCCCCAGCACAGAUCUGAUGGCUCUUCACACCAGUGCAGAGAAUGCGGUCUCUGCUAUACCUCCCACGUCUCUCUAUCCAGGCAUCUCUUCAUCGUACAUAAGCUGAAAGAGCCCCAGCCGGUCUCGAAACAGAAUGGGUCUGGAGAAGAUAGUCAACAGGAAAACAAGCCCAGUCGUGAGGAGGAGUCAUCUGAUAACACCCUAUCUGACAGGAAGUGCAAAGUUUGUGCAAAGACCUUUGAAACGGAAGCAGCCUUAAACACCCACAUGCGGACACAUGGAAUGGCCUUCAUUAAAUCCAAAAGAAUGAGUUCGGCUGAAAAAUGACCCACCCCCUCCUCCAUCCCAUAUGCAUAUUCCAGAAGAAAAAAGAAAGAGUCUUCUCUUCUUCAGAACGUAACUGACCUUUCUUUUUCGGUUUUGGUACAGAAAAUUUGCCACACAAGGAAGAUAACAGUUCCACCCAGGCUGUUGCAAUAUAUUCAAUACUCAAAUAUAUCUUCUUCACCUCAUUGCUAUAGAGAUAUACAGAGAGAAAUAUAUACAUAGAUAUAUAUAAUCCCCCUGAAAAUUAAAAAAAAACAUUAAAUAAAGCAGUAUUUGAGUUGAACAAAGUUUGUAUAUAUUUAAAUAGAUGAUUUUUAUACUCUUUGUUAUGUGUUUGUAUUGGUAUUUAGAGGGAAAUCCUGGGUUUUUUUGGUCAGUGUUUUUGUCUUUUUGAACAGCAAGUUAGUUUUUAAGCAGAGUUCUUCAUAUUAGGGCAAGGCUUAGGAUUCUGUUAAACUGCUUGAUAGAUGGUCCCUUUCUGAUGUUACUUAAGCAGCAUGGGAACUGCGCUCACGCACGUCUUUCCCACCACAUCACUCUGAUCAUGUCUAAUACUCCAAGGUCACAUGGGAGGAGCCCUCAUUCACCCAGCUCCUUCCCAUGUCAGCAUUACCCUCCUUGCAAACCAUGACAAUGUGGAUGUGGUCAUGAGCUGUGCCAGGCACCAUUGGACUGCCGCUUCUGAAAUUACCAGUGUGGUGUGUUGAAACGUCAUACACCAUGGUGGCUCUCACGCCUCUGUGUUGAAGUCAGAAGGAAGCCUAAGUAAUUUUUUUUCAGCAGACAAUUGUUAAUUUUUUUUUCAGCAGACAGUUAAAACUGCACUAGGAUUAAAGAAGAUGAAGGACAGGCAAGUGGGGUUUUGUUCAUCUUAUUGUUUUGUUGUUAUUGAAUGAACAACCGGACUUGUAACACAGUUGUAGGCUCCUAUGACCAGAUGAAUUUAGGAUAAUUUUAAUAUGACCUCUUGCAUAAAUGUUGUAGGUGCUUUUUUGAAGAUCUUCCCAUACUAAGGGUCUUUCCAUGUAUGGAGAACACAUUGGCUACAAAAUCCAACUACACAGUUGUCUGCAGAAAAGACCCAUUGAAAUGAAAAGGAAGUGCCCGAAAGCUCUGAUCUUCCUUUUGUAAGUGCUCACGCAUAAGGAAUGCCCUGGUGGAUUGCUUGUGUUUUAAGCAUCAUUUUCUUUAGCUCUCCCUCACUGCACUUUUCAGGGAGGUCAUUGGACUCUGCAUAACCUUUGAAAGCCCUGUUGAGAGAUGUUUCAGUAAUGGAUUAAUAUUUUCCUACUUAGCUAUUUUGGAUUAAACAAGCGAGGUAGAGUACUGUGAAUGGGUCUAUAAUUGUGGAGAGACAGGAAAAGAUCGUGUGUCGUGUCAUUCCUUAAAUGCCACAUUGAAAUAUCCAUGGAAUUAUGUAUUUUGGUUCGAUGGGAAAAGGAUGAAGCCUGGCUGCUUCUAUAAGAUGCUAGAUGGCAGCAGUUUAUGUCAAAUCAGAUGUUCUAAGGCUUAAGAUAGAUAUGUAACCUCUGUCAAAAAGCUAACAUCCCAUAGGAAGAUGCCUUAUACCUGGCCAGAUAUUCAUCCUUGUAGCCCAGUAUUUUCUCCUCGGAAUGGCAGCUGAUUUUUAGGAUCUCAGGCAGAGUUACUUCCAUUCCAUUGCAACCUGAUUGUUUUAACUGGAGAUGCCAGGGUUUGAACCAGAGACCCUCUGCAUGCAAAGCAUGUGCUCUGCUAUCGAGCUGUGGUUCCCUCCUCUACAAAUUUUGUUCCAGCUGCUUACUGAAACAUAGACUGCAGAUUAAGCAACCGUAAUGCAUAACCAGGAACCUGGGAAGCUUCUAGAGCAGCCUUCCUCUGCCUGGUGCCCUUCAGAUGUUUUGGACUCCAACUCCCAUCAACUCCAGCCAGCAUGGCCAACAAUCAGGGAUGAUGGGAGUUGGAGUCCAAAAAUCUGAAGAGUGCCAGGUUGGGGAAGGCUGCUCUGGAGAAUGGGCAGGUACAUUUGUGUGCACCACAGAUAGUCCGCUUUGCAGACUGGGCGGCCCGUAGUGUUAUUCCCAUGAUUCCCGUACAUUAUCUGCAAGCAGCAUGGACUAGAAGGAUUUAGUACAGUGCUGCGUGUAUUUUGCAGUUCUGUCGCAUGCAUUACAUGCACAGAAAUUGGUACCAGGUACAGAAUCCCAUAUCAUUUAGAAUGCCUUGUUUCUAUUAUUUCAAAGUAGGUUUCUAGCUCUUGUGGGCUGCAAAGAAUGGCUGUCAAAAUCUCCUACGUCAGAGGACAGUAUGAGCAGGAUUUCCAGUGGAAAUGGUAGUUCUGUACAUAGCAUGGCUCUUUCCCACUCCCUAUGAUUAGUAGAAGCGUAAAUUAUGCAGAGUAGGUUAGCGUAUGCAGAAGUGGUUAAUUUGCAUAAUAUAUGCUGGUGACAAAAUCCAGUUUUUCGUGGUGCAGAGUACAGAUAGCGCAGUCCUGAAUUAGACAGCUAGACUGGUCCUUCAUAGCAAAUCUCUGGCAAAUUUACCCCUGAAAAAUACUAGUGAGACCAGCCAUGAAUUCAUGAUAGUUACUCUGGGGCCAUGUUUUAAUCUAACUAAGCUAAGUGAUCUCUUAAAGUAUUGAUUGUGGGAAAAUCCUGUUCAGGGCAGUUGGCUAGAGUAUUUCCCAGUUCUUCUCAGUCCUGCAACAGCUUGAAUGGUCUGGUCCACACCUAAUGCUAAGCCAUAGUUUGUUUAACAGACCACAAGUGAUCCAACAGAUGAUCAAACAAACCAUGGCUUGUUUCUCCAAAGUUUGGUUUGUUUUCUAGCUGUUCUUGCCAGCUGCCUUUGUCAUUUGGUGAGCUUCUGAGGUGGGUGGGGUGGCCAAACAAGCCAUGAUUAAGGAAGAGUGCUGGUUCCACAUGUAAUGCCAAGCCAAGGUUCAUAAGCCAGCAACAAACCAUGGCUUCAGAGUAUAAAAACUGCUGGGCAGGGUUCAUACAUAACACUAAGCUAUUGUUUAAUGAACCAGGGUUUAGCAUUAUGUGCAAGCCAGGCCAAUGCUUUAAUUUGUGUUCAAGGCUGAUUUUGGUUUGCAGUGGCUUGUUUGUGCACUUAGGAAUGAUUACUUAUGAGUGGGUUAAUUCCAGGAUGUUCCCCUGAGUUGGUCACCCAAUGAGUUUCAGCUUGACAUAUUCUUCCUUCUACGCGAUUUAUUGGUCGCUCUCCAAUUACUCUGCUUAAGUUUUGAAUUCUCAACUGCACUAUUACUAUUUUCAAGGUGGUUUGCCUUUUGAUUAAAACAGAGCUAAGCCAAAGGCCACCAGUGCCCACUGGCUCUUAUUAUUGCUUUUGGCUUGUUUCAGCACUCGGUUUAUAUAGGUGAGGCAGAUAUGCAUGCAAGAGUAUGUGACUGUAAAAAUCUGAACUGAGAUGUAUGUUGCCUAGGUGACAGAUGGAAAGAUUGCUACUUUAGUACUGUGGGUCUUUUUCAGGAUGCACAUUAAAGAAAAUGGCAUCAUAUGAUGAUUCUAUGUAGACAACAUGUUACAUCCCGUGGAGAUGAAAGAUCAUGAAGCACCGUGAAUACUGAAAGUGUUCUAUGUGAAUUGUAAAUAAUACUACCCUCAUAGUAUCUUCUUAGUUUUGCAAGGAAAAUGUAAUUUCUAAAAAAAAAAAAAAGAUACACACAGCCUAGUGCAGCCUUUCCCAACCAGAUGUUGUUGGACCACAACUCCCAUCAGCC